AACAGUGGCGCUAUUACGAGCAUUCAAUGACACGGUAACCUGCAUUACCAGCCUGUUUUGCAAUGCGGUGGCGCUUCACAGAUCUUUCCCCCUAGUCUAGAGUUGGCUGCUCGGGGAUAAAGCUGAGUGCUGUUCGGUCAUGUGAUUCCUGUUUUUUUUUUUUUUCUUUCUCCUCUCUCUCCUCCUUCGAAGUUGAAAGGCAGGAGCAGAGCGGCGGAGGGGCCCAGCUUGCUUUCCUAGUGGCCGUUGAUGCAACGUUUUUUUCGUUCCCCGUUCUUUUAACCACGUUAUUGUUUGUUUCUAGCUCGGUGUGAUAGAUUUAUUUUUUCUUUUUCUUUUCUACUCCAGCCUUUUUCUUCGCAAUGGCGGGGGCUAUUAUUGAAAAUAUGAGCACCAAAAAGUUGGUGAUAGUGGGAGUUAUCCUGCUUUUGUUCCAGGCGUUUGCCUUCAUGGUCGGCGGAUUAAUUGCUCCCAGCCCCACCACAGCAGUCCACUACUUGGCCGUAAAGUGUGUGGACAUAACCAAGCAUCGAGUGGGGACGAAAUGGUUCAUGCCUUGGGGUCCUAACCAGUGUGACAAGAUCCAGUCUUUCGACGAGGCCAUGGCCAAGAAGGUUGAGGCCAACAACAUUGUAUUUGCUGUCCACAUUCCUCUGCCUAACAAGGAGAUGAGCCCCUGGUUCCAAUUUAUGCUGGUUAUCCUGCAGUUUGACAUUGCAUUUAAGAUGUACAACCAGAUAGAUGAAGGAGCGAUGGCCAUGAUAGACGUGGGCCUGGCCUACAGAGACGACACAGUCAGUGAAUGGACAGAGAUGGCCCACUCAUUUGAACAGAGGAAGCUCAACUGCAACUUUACCACUUCUAAGACUUUUGAGAAUGAGGGACGUUACUACGAGUGUGACCUGCUGCCAUUCAUGGAGGUCGGCAGCGUGGCCCAUAAGUACUAUCUUCUCAACAUCCGCCUGCCUGUGAACGAGCGCAAGAAGAUCAAUGUGGGGAUCGGAGAAAUCAAAGACAUUCGUCUUGUUAGCAUCCAUCAGAACGGAGGCUUCACCAAAGUGUGGUUUGCCAUGAAGACAUUCCUCACACCCAGCAUCCUCAUCAUCAUGAUCUGGUACUGGAGACGGAUCACCCUCAUGAGCAGACCGCCCGUGCUGCUGGAAAAGGUAAUCCUGGCUCUGGGUAUCUCCAUGACGUUCAUCAACAUCCCAGUAGAGUGGUUCUCCAUCGGCUUCAACUGGACCUGGAUGCUGCUUUUCGGGGACAUCAGGCAGGGCAUCUUCUACUCCAUGCUGCUCUCCUUCUGGAUAAUCUUCUGCGGGGAGCACCUCAUGGAAACACAGCUCUUUGAAGCAUUGGCUGUGGGCAGAGGAGAAGUGAAGAUGUGUGAAUGCUGUGUGUCAGCCAUCAAAAUCUUCCCUGAACUUGACCUUCAUCCCACAAAUGACUCAAAGGACCAGACGGAGAGGAACCGUUUCUCAGUCUACUGGAAGCAGGUCGGACCCAUCGUGUUUGGCUCCUUCUGCCUCUUUAUCUUUGACAUGUGUGAGAGAGGAGUCCAGCUGACAAACCCCUUCUACAGCAUCUGGGCGUCUGACGUAGGAACUGAGCUUGCUAUGGCAUUCAUAAUUGUGGCAGGGAUCUGUGCCUGUCUCUACUUCCUCUUCCUCUGCUUCAUGGUUUUUCAAGUCUUCCGCAAUAUUAGCGGUAAGAGGACGUCCCUGCCUGCCAUGUCCAAGGCCAGGCGCCUUCACUAUGAGGGUCUGAUUUUCAGGUUCAAGUUCCUCAUGCUGGUCACUCUGACCUGCGCUGCCAUGACUGUCAUCUUCUUCAUCAUCAGCCAGGUGAAUGAGGGUCACUGGCACUGGGGAGAACACACAGUGCAGGUGAACAGCGCCUUCUUCACCGGCAUCUAUGGCAUGUGGAACCUGUACGUCUUCGCCAUCAUGUUCCUCUAUGCGCCGUCUCACAAGCGCUAUGGAGACGGACAGUCAAGUGGUCAGUGCAUCACUGGAGAUGCUGGAGGAAACAGUGGAGAGGACAUCCAGCUGACUACUACCAUCACCCAUGUUGAUGGCCCCUCUGAGAUCUACAAGAUGACUGGAAAAGAAGCCCAGGAGUAAAUUUCACACUGUAAUACUACCUACUGCUCCAAUGAUCCCCUCCCUUGUACACGUAAUCAAACAGGCUUUCUCUUUUUUACUGGCCCAUAAACGGCAUCAACAAAUCCACCCUACAUGUACCUACCAGUCCAGCCCUCACCUGUGAGACUUGUACGUGCCACCCUGUUACCAACAGUAUCUCUCAAAGCUGAAUAUUAUCAACACUCCUAUCAGCCCUUUUCAUUUCAUGGUGGAAUUCUUUCUUACAUUUCAUACUUUAUGUAAACUAUGUUGUGUUUGUAAAUGUUGCACAACGCUUUUGACACCAAAAAAAAAAGAGAUUAGAGUGUAAAGAACUGUUUCUUGGUGGUCAGAAGUUGAAUUUGACAGCUGUCACGCUCCUGUUUUUAAAGUAGUGUGGUGAAACUAGAAUCUUUUGUAAAGACUUGAGCUUUCAACAAAGAUGGACAGCAAGAUUUUGUGGAUACAUUUUAGCCACUGUGUUUAGUUUUCUGCUUAUAUGCUCAGUCAAAGCCUUAGUCUGUCACAAAUACAUAUUCUUCCGUAGAAAGUAGAUCAUGUUGAGUACUGCUGUCAAUCUUAGUCUUUCAAGAGAUCUUUUUUUUUUGUAUAUCAUUGGGGUGAAAUGUACAGACCACAUAGCCACUUUGGGAAAUGCAUACUGUACGUUCAUUAUGUUACAAUGUAGAUAUCUAUUUUUUAUAAAGUGCUUAUUUUCAGCUUCACAAAAUAUAUACAUCAAGCUCUAUCAAUGUUUUUGAAGUUGACUGUAGCCUAUUAUACAUGGUUCUUAGUUUGUUUUUGCUUUUUAUGCUAAUUUAAAUAAAAAGAAAACUUUUACUUAAUA